ACUAGGCGCCUGGCCCAGGGCGCAAGCGGGACUACGCCUCCCGGCAUGCGCCGCGCUCAGGCCCCGCCUCUGGCUGCCGCGAUCUGGUUGUUUUUAUGAGGUGUCACCGGCACCGAGGGUCACAGUCGCCACCGCGACAGCACGCCGUGGGUCGGGGUGCUCGCUUCAGAUUGGUGCAAUGUCUGAGAAUUCCAGUGACAGUGACUCUUCCAGUGGCUGGACCAUCAUCAGUCAUGAGGGCUCCGAUGCAGAGAUGGUGACCCCUGUCACAGGCGCAGAAGGCUGUGAGCUGAGCCCAGAGCUUGCGUCUCUGGGACAGGAGGAGCUGCCGCAGCAGGAAGAAAGCAGCCAGGAUAGCAUGACAUUGACAGGAGAAGCUGAAGAUACAGCCUUUGAGACAGAGGAGGAAAAGUCACCUGGAGACCAUGUCUAUUUUGGAACUGCCAGCGAUGAUUCAGACAUUGUCACCCUGGAGCUACCCAAGUUGGAAGAACUUGGAAGUCAAGACAUCAUGAUCGCUGAGGAGGCGUGUACUGUGGAAAGCUUCAGCCUGGGCUCCUCUUCCAGCAGCCAGUACACCUUCUGUCAGCCAGAAGUGGAAGAAGCAGGGUGGUGGGAGAAGCUGUGGAAGAUUGCUGCGUGUGUGAGGGCGUGGGAUGCCCACCAGAGACGCUCCGCAGCCCUGCAAGGAUUUUCAUCUCAGCACAGUGACAGUGGGUCCAGCAGUGAGGAGGCUGCUGAUCAGCCCAGUCCCACCCUUCGCCGGCGACGGGCCAGGAAGAAGGCAAUGCUGGAGACCGAGUGGGAAGAGCAGGACCCUGAGCCGCUUGUGGUGUCUAAGCGCCAGUACAGCUGCAGCGGCAGCCUCAGCAAGUGUGUGGCACUGGCCCUGGUGGUCGCCGUCAGCAUGGGCUUUGGCCACUUCUACGGCACAAUUCAGAGGCAGCAACAGCUUGUCCAAAACACACCUGAGAAUGCAGCAAGUGACGUGAUGAGCUAUCUGGUCCAGCACCCACGGGAGCAGGAACCCCUUCUCGACACGAAGCACUUGAAAGAAAGUCUCAGAAGGUGUCGGCUCCUGGCUGCAGCAGGCAAGAUGUCCCUUGAAAUUCAGAAGAGACUCACUACCCAGAAUCACCAUCUGAGAGUAUCUCUAGAGCAGAGAGAGAGUGCCCUGGGUUCUCUCCAGGAGGAGUUAGAGAAGCUGAGAGAGCAGAUUAGAACGAUGGAGGAGAAAAGUACCAGUGCUGAAUUGACCCGGGACAAUGAGAAGCUCAAGCUGCAGUUGGAGGAUGCAAAGGAGAAAACACAAAGGUUCCUUAAUCAAAGGGAGAUUCUUCUGGCAGAAACACACAUGCUACAGAGUGAAUUGGAGACAGAACCGAAAGUAGGAGCCUCACUCCAGAUGGAGAUUGCGCAGCUCCAGCCUGGCCAGUGGCAAGCCAAGCCUGGUUCCCCCCAGGACAAGGAGUUGGCCGUGUUGAGGGAAAGGGUGGUGGAGCUGGAGCAGAAGCUGAACUUCGAGCAGCAACGCUCUGACCUGUGGGAGAGGCUAUAUAUCAAAGCCAGAGAUCAGACUGGGGAGCAGAAGGGGAGCAGAGGACACCACAGGGUGAAGAGCAAGUCAAAAGAGACGUUUUUGGGAACGGUUAAGGAAACUUUUGAUGCCAUGAAGAAUUCUACCAAGGAGUUUGUGAGGCAUCAUAAAGAAAAAAUUAAGCAGGCUAAAGAAGCUGUGAAAGAAAAUCUUAAAAAGUUCUCUGAGUCAGUUAAAUCCACUUUCCGACAUUUUAAAGAUACCACCAAGACUAUCUUUGAUGAAAAGGGCAAUAGGAAAUUUGGAGCUACAAAAAAACCAGCAACAACAAAAAAAACCCCAGUUUUUAGUGAUUGUUCCCAUUCACAGUACAAGGGACCUUCCCCUAACCAGAAGCACCGUGGCCACAGCAUGCAGAGGGACCCAAGCAGAAGACAGCCAGCUCGAUGGCAGGAGGCCAGAAAUACUGCGCAAGUCUCCAGGGACGGUGUUGCCCACGACUGGCAGGGAGACUGUCGGGAUUACCGAGGGGCUGGCGAGCAUGUGUUUGGAAGGGCUCAACAGGAACCCUUCAGCCCAUGCAAUAUGGUGGUGAAUUCUGCCCUGGUAGGUGAGUUUAGGCAAGUGAUUCGAAGAUACUUACUAAAAGAGCUGGGUGCUUUCCACCAUUGGGAAGAACUUAAUGAAUUCAUCAAUCAGUUUAUUAUAAAUGGUCUCUACACAAAUAAUCAGAAGAUCUUUGCAGACUUUGUUAAUGAAGUUAAAGAGUAUCUUAAAAGCAUGAAGGAGUAUCAAGUAGAUACUGGCGUAUUUGAGAAGUUGAAUGGAUACAUAUGUAGACACUUUGCCACUGGUUCACCCGCUCCGCAUGGACCCAGUCGACCUGAUAAAAAGCAGCCUAUGGUAAAUACUGGAAACGCCAGGCAUCGAAAUGGGCAGAAGCACCUUCAGCCACAGCCUUGUAAGGGGAAGGUAAACGGCGUAGUAAAUACGGUCCUCUAACGGGAGACACAGCUGACCUGGAGAUGGGACUGGGGCAGCUGCCUUUGCACCCUAAAUAAUGACCACAGUUGUGUUAAGGUAGAAAACUAAGCUGCAUAGAUGCUUCCUACACUGCUGCUGCAGCUAAGACAGAAUCAUCAAGAGUUUGACGGCUUCCUAGAGUACUCACAGCAUCAAUCAAAUGCUUCUAACCUAUGCUCAGUAGACCUGUAGUUCUGCUUUGUGCAAAAAUACGUAAGUUCUGGCACUGGAAAGUACAGCAGUUUGAUUCCAGAAACCCAGCGUGCAGCGGCUUCGGCACGAAUGAGUCUCUGGUGCAAGCCUGUGUGACAGCAGGUGACUAACCUUGCCCUUCCUGUCAGGCUGCAGGGAGGUGGAGCCUGAGGAAGUACGCUGUGGCGGGUUUCAUGGCUAAUGUCUCAUCUUUCUUUAAUGUUUGGUUUUUUUUUUUUUUUUGUGAUUUUGAGAGCCCGUUGACCUGUGAAGUUUGCUGCCUUCAGAGCUUGCUGACUUGUUUGCUUGUGAAAUCCUUUGCACAUCUGAUUCUAGAAGAAACAAUAAAACCACCACACCACGAGAAGACCAGAGGUCUUUAUUGAAUCCAGAUGCCUUAGCAUGUGUCUCUGAGCCCAUGAGUGGGCGGCGCCCUCACCCCCCUGGUACCCUGCGGACCCCUGGUGCCACUCAGUUCCGGGCCAUCCUGGUCUUCCGUUCAUAGACAUAAAUGUGGCUUCCAGUGCGACCCUCUGGAAAGUGCGUGUGGAAGAAAACUGCAGUUCUCUCGUAAUUCCUUGAGACUAGGAAAGCACGGAUUUCCUACAAGUAAAUCCACAUGUAAGUGCAUAAAGGCUGCACUUUGAGGCAGGUCUGGAGAUUCACAACCGUCUGUUCUAAUCUCUCCUUGCUGCCCCCGCCCUAAGGAUGGGGCCUGGAGUCCUCCAUUCCCCACGAGCCACAUCCAGCCUAUUGAUGAAAUCACCUAGAGCCUCUGUGCCGACCGAGCUCAGCCCCAGCCCCUCUUCCUUGUAUUCAUUUGUUACAGUACAGAGAUUGACUGGGCCUCCACUUUUCACUUUGAGACAAUGUUACCAGGACACAAAGUUGCACAGCCUGGGUUCACACCCAUAACACUCCUGUCUCAGCUUCCUGAGAUGUUACUACAGGCAUGUGCCACCAUGUGGUUUAUUUCUUGUCUUGCCACGUAGGCUGGGCUGGCCUUGAACUCAGUGGUCCUCCAGAGUGCUGAGAGUAUAGGUGUGUAUCCCAUGCCUCACUAUUUCUUUGUUUAUGGUAACUAAGGCACCUUGACAGCUGCAAACCCGAUGCAAAACUGGGAGGAUGUGAGGGGGCUGGAAACAAGUGGUAUCAGCUGUUUGCCUGUUGCUAAGCCUGAGUGGAGCCAAAAUACCCAGUGCUCUUUCUCCAGUCUACUCACCUCCUCCAAAGCACUGAAGAUGACCAAGCGAGCAGGCAGGGAAGCAGCAUCCUGAAACUCUCUCUGCAGCCAGCGCGUGGGACCACGGUAGAAAGUGUCCGCUUCAUCCAAAUCUCCACUCUGCCCGGUCAGGUCCGGAGGGCACUGCAGGAAGCGCAGCGGGAGCGGGCAGUGGACGUGGCUGUGGGUGGCAGAGUUGCUACCGUUAGCAUGGUGAGCACUCGUAGCAUGCAUCACCUGCUCGAAGAUGCCUCCCAAGGGAACUCUGCCCUCGGCCCCCAUCAGUCACCAGAGUGACAUGCUUGCUUGUGGCUACAGGGCGAGCAUAAGAGGCAGCUCCAUCUUGGCCCAGUAGGGCAUUUGAGCCAGCAUUGGGCCGGUCAGCCUCCAAAAAGCUACGCCUCACCAGGUAAAAAGACUUUAAAGGGUCAACCAGAAAAGGUGUUUAAUUUUGUUUAUCUGUGAGAUGUAUAACAUGACCUAAUAAUUUCAUGACUUCUCAUGA